GAAUGUAUCCGCGUGUCAUCAGCACACCAUCAGUCAUGGGCUGACAUACAUAAAUAUUUAUUAACUAAUGCGAUUGCAUCUGCCGGGGUUUAUUGCGUAGCCACACCCCUCGGCAGUUCGUCAGAUUAACUCGCUUUAACUCCCUCUUUCUCUGCCCCCCUUUCUCGCGCUCAAUUCUAGUUCCCCUCUCGCAGUGCGUAUUCCUGCUCCUCGAUCUCUCCACGGCGAAGUCUAGGCGUAAAGCGCACAACGGAUGCAACAAAAGCUGCCGGAUUUACCCCUGACGCUCAAGAAAGAAGAGCACAAGGUUCAAAAAGUAAGCAGAGCCCUCGAGUCAACUAAACGAUUGUCAGUAGUUUCUGUGAAGAAGACGGAGGAGGAAAAAAGCGAUAUUGGACUCUUCAUUUACAGCGGAAUUGAUUAUUCAAGGCAGGCGUGGCCAUGCCAUUCGGCUGUUUAACACUCGGGGAGAAGAAGGAUUACAACAGUCCCUCAGAGGUGACAGACAAAUAUGACCUGGGACAGAUCGUUAAAUCGGAGGAGUUCUGCGAGAUCUUCCGGGCCAAGGACAAGAAUACGCUAAAAAUGUACACCUGUAAGAAAUUCCUGAAAAAAGAUGGAAGGAAGGUCCGGAAAGCUGCCAAGAAUGAGAUCCUCAUUUUAAAAAUGGUGAAGCACCCUAACAUUCUUCAGCUGGUCGACGUGUACGAGACCAGGAAAGAGUACUUCCUCUUCCUGGAGCUUGCAACAGGCAGAGAGGUGUUUGACUGGAUCCUCGAUCAAGGCUAUUACUCAGAGCGGGAUACCAGCAAUGUCAUUCGCCAGGUGAUGGAAGCGGUGGCCUACUUGCACUCCCUGCAGAUCGUCCACAGAAACCUCAAGCUGGAGAACCUGGUGUACUACAACCGUCUGAAGCAGUCCAAAAUUGUGAUCAGUGAUUUUCACCUUGCCAAGCUGGAGAAUGGGCUCAUCAAAGAGCCCUGUGGGACUCCUGAAUACCUGGCCCCUGAGGUGGUUGGGAGGCAGAGAUACGGCAGACCGGUAGACUGCUGGGCACUGGGAGUCAUCAUGUACAUACUGUUGUCAGGGAACCCCCCAUUCUAUGAUGAAACCGACGACGAUGACUACGAGAACCACGACAAGAAUCUGUUCCGUAAGAUCCUGGCAGGAGACUACGAGUUCGACUCCCCAUAUUGGGAUGACAUUUCAGACUCAGCAAAGGGGCUUGUGUCCCGUCUAAUGGAAGUGGAUCAGGACCAGAGAAUAACUGCACAAGAGGCUAUCAACCAUGAAUGGAUAUCUGGGAAUGCAGCUUCAGACAAGAACAUCAAGGAUGGAGUCUGUGCACAGAUCGAGAAAAACUUCGCCAAAGCCAAGUGGAAGAAAGCGGUGCGGGUCACAACUAUCAUGAAGAGACUGAGAGCACCCGAACAGAGCAGCUCUGCAUCAGCCAGCCCCUCUGCUGGUCUGGCCGUGCCUGGGGCUCCGAAUGACACCCCUGCUGCUGCUGCAAGCGCCCCUGUGGCUACUGAGGCCCCCAGCGCUGAGCCAGAGAGCACAACAGCCAAUGAAGGGGCCAGCGAGGGCCCUGCCCCACCCCCCGACUCCACCCACACCAGCCCUGCCCCCGAGGACGAGAACCUCUCGACGCGGUGUAACGGGGAGACCCCAGCGCCCCACCAACCGGCCACAGGGCCCGGGGAUGAGCAGAACGGCUAAACGUACCACCCCACUACACCCUCUGACCCUCCCCACACCCCCACUCACCCUCAACCCCGCACACUGUAUAUUAGCUGCUGGCAUGGUGACACUGAAUCUGCUAAACCCUCACUCGCAGCAUUAGUACCAUCUCACAGAGCCUGUGUUCCAUCUUUCCUGAUCGACUACAAGGCCUGCGAGCCCUCAGUCUUGGGUGACUCAUUGGCCUGUCAAACUUACUUUCUUUUUUAUUGUCGUCUGUCUUGCAAACCCUCUCCUGGCCUCGCAGACACGUUCCCUUUUGACUACAGUGUAUCCCUGCCGAAGUCCUUUUCUCUUUGCAAGCAGGUCUAGUUAACGCCUUAAACUUCUCUCCUUGAGCUCUCCCUAAUGAUAACAUGGUGAGGGAAAAAAAAAUACACUAGACGCCAAACUUGAACCGCUUUUCUUUGCAUCAUUACCCGAGUUUGGUAACUUCUACCCAACCUCCCUCUUUCAUGACCUCUCAUGCCACUUUAUGACGUUAUGAACAGCUUGGCUUUACCUCUUGUAAUGUUAGAUUUGCAUGAUAGCGUUCUGCAAGUGAACGGUACCCACCUAUCUACAGUGCUCUCCCUUUAAAAAGAGAGGACCUUUCACUUCCAGAUUACUGUGGAUGGGCUCCCUCUUCCUUUCGUCAAUAUCCAUUCACUUUUCUUAAGGGUGUGGCCAUGUACUAGUCGCUGUAUGCAUUUUAUUUAUUAAUUUGUUCAUUUAUUUAUUUUGGUUAAUCUUCAGUGUGGUCUACGGGGCUGCAGACUGAGUGAGAGUGAUUGACACCUGUCACUCCUCAGUUCAGACUUGGCUCAGUAAAGAACCAUGUGGCUGGCUGAGUGUAAAUGUACAGGACUGUAAAUAGACAUCUAUGUAGAAAAGUAGCCAAAUGGCAUGCGUUCUCUACUUUCCUCUUGGCUCUACAUCAAUUCCAUGUACCUGGUGGAUAAAGAUGUGCUCUCACUUCCUGCCUUACAAAAGCAUUGUACUUUUUAUGCCUGCAACACAUUGACACAUUUUCACAUGCUCUGUCUCACAUUGUUGCUGACAUUUCCUUUUAACAUUCAUAUUGUCGUCGCUCCCUGUCUUUGGACACAUUUCCUGUUGCAGAUCAAAUACAUACGUGAUUUAAAUCUUGAUAAUGUAUCACUUAUGUAAUUUAAUACAUACAGUUGGAAAGUAUCCUUCUUUUUCUUAGCUGUCCCUUUUACUUGCACCUAUACUUCUGUCUGAUCUGUGAUGGGCGUGGCCCAGCCCCCUUAGUGCAGGUCUUUAUCCAUCAGAAGCCCUCGCCUCUUUCUUCACUGUAAAAAUAUGCCCCUGUUUAUUUCUUUCUCUUCUUUUCUCUGUCCACUCUAACAUGCCUGAGCUUUUGCUUCAUGAAAUCCUACACAUGGUUAAAUUAUUUUGGUUCUGUCUUUUGCACUCUCCCACUGCUGUCUGAAGCUAAAUGAAACUUCUUUGCAUACUGAUACUAAAAGCCAUGUUUUCCUGUCCUCCCCUCCAUUCAAAUGUAAAACUCCUGGUAAAAAAUAAUAGAAUUAAACUAAAGCUCCUAGUAUUGCGAACCAUCAACUAGACUGGGAUUGGAAUUCAGCUGGGCUGAUGAGAUACAAAAAUGAUGAUGUGACUUAUUUGUACUGUAUUUAUUUAUUUAUUUAUUCAGUUAUUAUUUGGUUAUGUAAUGGUCUUUUCCUCCCUCCCACCAAUGGUCCCAAUUUAGUGAAUGGUAGAAUGCUUGUCCUAGAGAUGGUACCAGAGUUCACUGUAAUUACUAUUCAUUGAGCAAUAUUGCAGUUGCUACAAAUACUGUGAUUCUCCUCUGCGUUUCUUGCUUCAUAAAGCACACAUAUUGUACAUGCCAGUGAGAGCUGAACUGGCAAUGCUGCCGUGGUCUCGAAGAACAGGGUGUUUCCUGUCCAGAUGUCACCCUUGUGAUGUCACCCUGCCACUGUUGAGCAGGAAGUGCCCAGAUCACAUAAAGUCACUUUUCAGACUUGCAUUGCAUUACGUUUCUGCAAACGUCCCUCGCCGUCCCACAAUGCAUUUCUGACAGCACCCAAACCAGCUGUGGGUGAGGCUGUUGAUCUUGAGAAAGAGCAAGACCACGGCUACAUUUCCAGUUUGCAGCCAUUUUAUGUGCUUUUUUUUUGUUUCAGUAACUCUGUUUUGAUAUUGCAGAUUCUCCACAGUGCUUUAUUUGGCCAUUCUUUUUUUCUCUGCAGUGUAUUCACAUCUGUGCAGCUGCAGGUUUCUAUGGAAGUCUGUCAUUUAGAUGCAUUGGAGUAAUUUUCUACAGAAGGGGAAAAUGAAAAUCUAUUUAAUCUGUUCUGUUCAUAGUCCAUUAUAUUGAUCAACAAUGUUGAUGAAGUCUUUUCUGCCCAGUCUGCUGUAUUCCUAUGUGUUUCUGAGACCUAUGAAUAUAUAAAUAGUUAAUUAUACCUACAUUACUGAGUUGUAGUAUUACCGAAUUUUAUUUUAAUGAACCCCUGCAGGUAUAGAUUUUUAUGUAAAAAGUUUAACAUUCAUUGAACUUUAUGUAAAAUGUACUGAGGCAUUAUUCAGAUGAUCUUACCAUAUUCAUACACCUAGUUAUGACCACAAUAAAAGACUGUGUUUUACUAUUCAAAGCAAUGCUUUUUUUCAGUGCGUGUCACUGUAUUCAGUAUGAAGUCUGUUCAUUUCCCCAUGUACUUACUGAUGUAUUUAUAAGUGUAUUUGUCACCGGGACCUGUAGGCUCCUAUAGGUCCUGUCUCUCAUGUGUAACCUCUGUAUUCUUUGACUGAGUUUAUGAAUUUGAUGGUA